CCCAAGAGUGAUUUGCUUAGUAGUCGAAGAGCGUUGAGGUGAUCAGAGACUGACAGAGAGAACGUUGAGAUGCCUGCAGAGGUGAAGGAAGAGAAUGGGAGAGUGGAGGGUAUGGCCAAUGGCGCAGGGCUGUUAUAUGAAGAGAAGGAUUCAGAUGAAAGUGUCAGGCCUGGAGAUCUCUCAGAGUUGUUGGCUGCAGGGACCAAAGAAGUUCAUGAGAAGGCAGAAAACACUCAGUUUGUCAAAGACUUUCUCCGCGGCCGGAUCAGCAGGGAGCUCUUUAAGCUUGGUGCUGUUGCUUUAUAUUACACGUAUACGGCGAUGGAGGAGGAGAUCGAGAAGAAUAAAGAUCACCCUCAUUUUGCCCCCCUCUACUUCCCAAAUGAAUUGCAUCGUCACGAGGCCCUAGCCCGGGACCUAGAAUACUUCUACGGGGAGGACUGGGAGAACCAGAUCAGCUGUUCCCCAGCCACGCAGAAGUACGUAGACCGCAUUCACGAAAUUGGGCAGGACGAUCCCGUCUUGCUGGUGGCUCACGCCUACACCCGCUACAUGGGCGACCUGUCAGGGGGUCAGGUCCUGAAGAAGGUCGCUCAGCGUGCCCUGAAGCUGCCGCCCACUGGAGAGGGGCUUAACUUCUACCAGUUUGAUGGCAUUCACAGUGCCAAGGCUUUCAAACAGCUUUAUCGCAGCCGCAUGAACGAGCUGGAGCUUGACGCCGCCACCAAGGAGAGGAUAGUGGCAGAGGCUGUGCUGGCCUUCCAGUUUAACAUGGAAGUUUUUGGUGAGUUGGAAGAGAUAGGUAAAACUUUGCAGGAUGAUGUUGUAGAUGGAGGAAUUCCUGCUCAUGGAGACAUGCAAGGAGACAUCAGCAAAUGCCCUUACUACGCUGCCAAAAUGGCUGCCAGUGGCGGAUCAGCGUACGCCUAUCAAAUGGCUACAGCUCUCCUGAGGAAGCCCACCGGCCAGGUCCUUCUGGCUGCCUGGAUCGCUCUUCUGGCUGGAGCAGCCGCCUGGUACCUCAUGUGAUCUGAGUCAUAAUCAGUCGAUUCCGUGCCGGGAGUUGGGGGAAGGGGGCACUGCAAGCAAGACGGGUUUGGUUUCCCAAGAAAGACGUGUUUGGAUGGAGAGCACCUAACCCUCGACCUCCCCGUUUCUCUGUUUCCCUCCAUAUCCCAAACACAUUCCUCCUGCCCAUCGUUUUUCCCUUCAGUAACGUUGGGUAAAAGUGUUAAACCAUCAUAUUAUAAACGACUCUUAGGCAGCAAUGAUAAGAUAGUAUUGUGCAUUUUAAAUCAAAAAUGUCUUAGUAGUAAUAUAACAUAUGAACAUAUUUUCUGAAAUGUUAGGAACAUGUUCUGUCGAUGGAACAUUGGAUGUCAGCUGUGCAGAUAACUAGAUUAGAUAACAGAAAUACCUCCAUGGAAAUGACUGUAUUAAUACUCCGAUAGAAACUUGUCUCCUUUGGCAAGUUGAAGGAUAUCUUUCAAUUGGCUUUUAGCUACCCACACAAUAUGCUAUGCAUUUAUUAUGCAUAAAAACUUAAGGAAAAAGAGAAGAGGGUGUAUCUGCAGGGCAGAUAACCGUUUCUUUAAAUCCGGACCAUGAUGGUUGUUUAUCGAUAAUAAAUUUUGUAGAAGAUGGGUGACUGAACUGAGGAUGGCUCAAGGACACAAAUGCAGGAGCAUGUGCUAUGAGCAUUAGUAGUAUUAUAAUCAAAUAUAUAAUCUUUCCUCUGGCCAUUCAUAUGUAUUCCCAUGUUGCCUAUGGCGAGUGGACCACGAGAAUGAGUGAAUAUGCGUAAACUCUUCUCAUUCAGUUAUACUGAUUUUUUUGAGCUAUUUUUAUGCAAGACGGUUGUUGCUUGUAACAGACUUGAAUGCUCAAACAGGUCAGCGUGCAACUUUUAAUGUUAAUGAAUUCUCUGUUGAUAGGGAAUGGUCAAUGAAAAGGUUCAGGGAAAGUGGAUGUUUAUGAAGAAAAUAUCUUGAAAUGAAAACGGUGUACAUAACACAGCCACUUGGCCUUUUGCGGUAUGUUUCGGCCAAGGUGUUUUUAAGCAGCUUUGUAAUGUGGAGACAACUGACGAUUUGUCUCUGGAUUCUCAGGCAGUUUUAUCAGUUGACUGUUUGGAAAUGUUUAUAGCCGUCCUGGAAAAGAACCUUUGGCUUGCGGGGAAAAAAAAAAAAAAAAGACCGGCAGUCUUUUGACAUGA